CUUAAUAAUAAUAAUAAUAAUGCGCCUCUUCCUCCUCCUCGCCUCUUCUUCUUCUUUUUCUUAGUCAGGCAGGCAGGCAGGUUCGCGAUUCUCCGUCGCAUUUAACAAUCGGUUAGAGUUUGCAGAACAAUAAGAAGAAGAAGAAGCAAAAAUGAACGCUCCAGAUCGUUACGAAAGAUUUGUGGUGCCUGAGGGCACAAAGAAGGUUUCAUACGAGCGUGACACCAAGAUCAUUAAUGCAGCUUCUUUCACCAUUGAGAGAGAGGAUCAUACAAUCGGAAACAUAGUUCGCAUGCAAUUGCACAGGGACGAGAAUGUCCUUUUUGCUGGCUAUAAGCUUCCUCAUCCUCUUCAGUACAAAAUCAUUGUCAGGAUCCACACAACUAGCCAAUCUUCACCGAUGCAGGCAUAUAACCAGGCCAUCAAUAACCUGGACAAGGAGCUUGAUCAUCUGAAAAAUGCAUUUGAGGCUGAGUUAGCAAAGAAGGAGUACUGAUCAGGUGGUGUUAAGAGUGGUAUAUCAUGAAGGAAGAACGUAAUAGGAGGAGGAGGAGCUUUGUGGAUUAAUUUGAAACAGUGGGAUCUGAGUUUGUUCAGUCUUUAUGUUCCUUAAUUGAAUGAGUUGAUCUAAUACUACCUACUACUAAUUUACAGGCCUGGUCUAACCUGGCCUGGCCUGGCCUAACCUGGCCUGGCCUGACCGGUUCUUACCAUAACAAUAUGCUUUAUUUUGAUGUGGUGAAUACACUUACUUUUAAGACCA